AUGUCCGGUCGCGGCAAGCAGGGCGGUAAGGCGCGCGCCAAGGCCAAGACGCGCUCCUCCCGGGCCGGCCUGCAGUUCCCGGUGGGCCGUGUGCACCGGCUGCUGCGCCAGGGCAACUACUCGGAGCGCGUGGGCGCCGGCGCGCCCGUCUACCUGGCGGCAGUGCUCGAGUACCUGACGGCCGAGAUCCUGGAGCUGGCGGGCAACGCGGCCCGCGACAACAAGAAGACGCGCAUCAUCCCGCGCCACCUGCAGCUGGCCAUCCGCAACGACGACGAGCUCAACAAGCUGCUGGGCCGCGUGACGAUCGCGCAGGGCGGCGUGCUGCCCAACAUCCAGGUCGUGCUGCUGCCCAAGAGGACCGGCGCCUCCGCGGGAAGCAAGAACUCGAAGAAGCCCAAGCAGGCCUCCCAGGAGUACUGA